GUUCAGUUGAAUGUAAGCUUCGGUUGAGCGCGGUAGUAGCAACAAUGCUAGGGCUGGCAACUGUUUACGAUACGUGAACUUUUCAAGAGAUUGUGCUAUUAGUAAUUUUUAUACUCCUUAAAAAACAGCAAAACAAUAGUUAGUUAAGAUGUGAAGUUUGGACAUUUAUUUAAUAUUUUUAUGUGGAAAGUUCUUGUUUUUCAAGUGCACUGGAAUAACUUUCAUUGUAUGUGUUAUUUAUAAACUUGGAUGAAUUAUACAGAUAAUGCAGUAUGGAGGAUUACAACGACACAUUGUUCCUCCUGAACGAGACAGAGGGUUACCUGCCGUACUCGCAGAGGGUUGAGACGUACGUCGUGCCCAUACUGUUCGCGUUCAUCUUUAUCAUUGGAGUGCUGGGAAAUGGCGCGCUAGUUGCAGUCUUCAUCAGACACAAGGCGAUGAGAAAUGUGCCUAACACGUACAUUCUAUCGUUGGCACUCGCAGAUCUUCUUGUGAUUGUGACCUGUGUGCCGUUCACUUCGAUCGUGUAUACGGUGGAGUCAUGGCCCUGGGGUGCCACCGUCUGCCGUCUCUCAGAGGCGGCUAAAGAUGUGAGCAUCGGUGUCUCCGUGUUCACCCUCACAGCACUCUCAGCUGACAGAUACUUUGCCAUCGUCGACCCAUUUAGGAAACUACAUGCUUCAGGUGGAAGUAAGCGAGCAACUCGUUUAACCGUGGCCGCAGCUAUCGGUAUAUGGGUUCUGGCGGCUGCUCUUGCGAUGCCAGCCUACAUUGGUUCCUAUGUCAGAGAAUUUGUCGUCAGUCCCACCAAGAAGUUUCUCGUAUGCUAUCCGUACCCAGUGGAAUGGGGCGAAGAGUACGCACGUCUGGUCGUGUUACUGAAGUUCCUGAUUUACUACUCGAUGCCACUUGCGGUGAUUGCGCUGUUCUACGUUCUUAUGGCAAGACAUCUAGUGCUCAGUACUCAGAACAUGCCGGGAGAGAUGCAAGGAACGCAGAGACAGAUGCGAGCAAGAAGAAAAGUGGCGUUAACAGUUCUUGCGUUCGUGUUGGUUUUCGCAGCGUGCUUCUUGCCUACCCAUGUCUUUAUGAUGUGGUUCUAUUAUUGUCCAACAGCGGAAGAAGACUUUAACGCAUGGUGGUCUGCUCUACGGAUUGUCGGGUUCUGCCUAUCUUUCCUCAACAGCUGUGUCAAUCCUGUUGCACUGUACUGCACAAGCGGAAUAUUUAGGAAGCAUUUUAAUAGAUACCUGUUCUGCCGAUCUACACCUCCCCAUGGUACUCGAAGCUCCAUGUCGUUAUCAACAUCCAGGCGAUUGAAUUCUAGCAGGAAGACCAAUGUCAGCAUGAUGCCCAGAACGACAAGUAUUGGUCGGGAGAGCAGCGUUCGGUUACUGAACAACGGAUCAUUGAAGCCUUGAGACAGAAGUUGUUCGCGAACAUUUGCGAACAUUUAUGAACUAGACAAGAUGUAGCGUGAAACAAACUGAUGAUAAAUGAUAAACUUGAGUGGAAAUUUUGGACGAAAUAAUGACGGAUUCUGUUUUAUCACAAUACGAAUAUCAUUCUGGGAUAUGUAUUAUACUACCUAGUAUUGCCAUAAAUACUGAAACAAAGAAAAAAAUUUUCUAUUGCAAAUAACUUUUAUUACUUUUGCAGUGUGUUAGUUUAAUACAUAAAUAUAAAACAAUUAAAGAUAUAAAAAGCUUAUUCGAAGUGGUGUCCAUCGGCUGCAAUACAGUCCUAUAAACGUUGAGGCUAGUUAUCAAUAGAAGCACGCACUACUUCCAUGGGAAAAUUAUUCACUGCCAAUCGUACGGAUUGUUUUAGUGACACAAAAUUAUCAUGGCGCUUAGAGCAAGCCGUACUCUCUAAAACUGACCAUAAAUCAUAAUCCAGCGGAUUAAGAUCGGGACUUGACGACGGCCA